UCAGCGGCCGCAGCAGUCUCCUCCCCGGAUACCAGUCUCCUUGCCCCGGCUCGUAUAUAAAGCUAGCAGGACCCUCACAAAGCCGUCCACGGCUGCUCUUUUCUUCUUGUUGAUGGUCAGACUCUGCGAGCGAAGGAUGAAGUUCCUUGUAGCCGUAACGCUCAUUGUGGGAUCUCUGAUUUUUCUCGCUUUCCCAAAUGGCUCCUCUGCUGACGACAAGAAGAAAGGCCCCAAAGUGACGGCGAAGGUUUUCUUCGACAUGAAAGUCGGCGAUGAGGAAGUUGGGAGAAUCGUCAUUGGGGUGUUUGGGAAAACUGUUCCCAAGACCGCAGAAAACUUUAUCGCUCUGGCAACAGGAGAGAAAGGAUUCGGUUACAAGGGCAGCAAAUUCCACAGAGUCAUCAAGGACUUCAUGAUUCAGGGUGGAGACUUCACCAGAGGAGACGGCACCGGCGGCAAGAGCAUCUACGGAGACCGUUUCCCCGAUGAGAACUUCAAGCUGAAGCACUACGCCCCUGGCUGGCUCAGCAUGGCCAACGCCGGCAAAGACACCAACGGCUCCCAGUUCUUCAUCACCACCAUUCAGACUCCGUGGCUGGACGGCAAACACGUCGUCUUUGGCAAGAUUCUCGAGGGGAUGGAUGUAGUGAAAAAGAUCGAAAGCACAAAGACGGAUGGCCGCGAUAAGCCUCUCAAAGACGUCGUCAUCCACGACUGCGGCAAAAUCGAUGUGGAUCAGCCAUUCGCGGUGCCCAAGGAGUAGUGGAGAUGCUGCUGGGGGAGACCAGGACUGGGGAUGGGGGGGGGGGUGGGGGGAGAAACAAAAGAAAUCUUGCCGGCAACCUUGUAUUAUCACUAACAGCCCCGUGGCCCCGGGUCACGGGUCACUGCGGGUCACCGACUGCCACCUCAAAGCGUCGGGCAGCAUUCGCAUGGAGAAAUCCCGACGACACACUGGGUCCAUUUACCAACGAGCAUUCCAAGGUGCACUUCACUGGUCGUUGUUGUUUUUGUAAAAAGAGAUCUGAAAUAAAGGUUUCAAUUUUUUGUUAA